AUGCGAUGCUCGAGCAAGGCCGCCGAGAGCGCGUCUGCACGUCUCUGUGCGGACGCCGAAGCAGAAACAACAGCAACUGAUGUCCCAUCGGUUGCUGAAGCGACUCAGCCUUACGAGCUCGGUGUCUCGUACUCUCCUGAUACGGAUGACGGAUCCGUAUCGACGACGAUCGAAUCCAAGCCGCCUGCCAAGCGUGGCAUGGACGAUGCUUUGCGUCGCAGCAUCUUCGGUUCAUCUGAUGAAUCAGAUGAACCAUCGCCGAAGCGAAGGCGCUCGAGGUCGCGAGACUCGGGCGCUAAUAGUGGUGUCGGUUCUCCAAUGGACACCACUUCACAGCGAGGUGCCAGUACUUCUGUCGGCACGUCGCAGGAAGAGCGGGACCGCAAUGUGUUGCGUCUCGCUCCAGAAAAGAAGGCAUGGAUGCCUCCAAAAUCCGUCAUGGAUCACUUGUCGGCGACGACGAGUGAUCGUUAUCGAACACGAUUGUUCGAUUCGUCAAGGAUCCAUCACCUUGACCCCAGCGCGAAAGACUAUCGCGCUGAACACGAAUUCUUCAUCGAUGCUUUCUUCAAACAUCGAUGGUACAGUGGGAAUCACAAACGUGAUGGUCCCUCACUACUUCAGGCGUGGAACGCCUACAUCCAUAACCUCGAGGAUGUAGGUCGUGACGCUUGGAACGACAAACUUAUCAAAGCUCGUGAUAAGUUUGAAAAGCGAACCCCCACAGGUGCACGCUACAAGCUGCAUCGUCUGUAA